GCUCCAGCCGGGGAUAAAUAAUAAUACCAACCCAGAAUGUCGUUGGACGACCUUCUUUCAGUUUGCUUUACCCUUGCUUUACCCCAGACUCGACCACAUAUCCAAGAUGAAUGCUUUGCGGGGUAGCAGAGGUAUCGCCUGGGCUGCCAGGACUUCCAGGUUCCAGCGAUUCCUGCCAACGCUGUCUCCAGCAUUGUCCACCAUCCCUCGUCGCAGGUUCCAUGCAGCUUCGUCUCUAUGGUCAAUCAAAUCUCAGGUUCUGAAGGAUGUUGGAGAAGGGAUAACGGAGGUUCAAAUCAUUCAAUGGUAUGUCGAAGAAGGCGCACAUAUCGAGGAAUGGAACCCCCUUUGCCAAUAUCAGUCCGACAAGGCCGUUGAUGAUAUUACCGCGAGAUACGAAGGGAUUGUCAAAAAGCUUCACUUUCAGGCCGACGAUACCGUUCCAACAGGCAGGGCUCUCUGUGACAUAGAAGUUGACGAUGCGAAAUAUCCAGACGAGGAUGUCCAGCCAGCGCCAAGCCCAGAACCAGUUCAAACCAGCCCUGUCCCGACAGAGGCGCAACACAUGCAGCCUAUACAACCACCUCGGCCUGCUUCUCCAGAAUCUGCAUUGGAAAUACCAAAAUCACGUUACGCAUCGUUAGCUACACCAGCAGUUCGAGGAUUACUCAAACUUCACGAUGUCAAUAUCUUGGACGUUAACGGCACCGGUAAGGAUGGACGGGUGCUCAAGGAGGAUGUCAAUAAGUUCAUCGCCAUGCGGGAUUCAGCACCUACGGCACAGCCGGCCACUGUUAGUACACCAGAGAUUGAAAAAGUGGUCAAUUUGAGUCCCUUCCAGUCUCAAAUGUUUAAGACGAUGAGCCGGUCGCUCAGCAUUCCACAUUUUCUUUAUGCCGAUGAGCUCAAUAUCAACGAUAUCACUACGCUGAGAAGGAGACUGGCCAGUAAUCCCAAAGAUCCUAAGAAAAUUACGUUCCUUUCAUUCAUCAUCAAGGCUGUCUCUCUUGCCCUGGAUCAGUACCCCCUCCUGAACGCAAAAGUUGACACAAGCAACCCGGACAAGCCACAACUCACCAUGCGACCUAGACACAAUAUUGGAGUUGCAGUAGAUACUCCAAAUGGAUUGAUUGUCCCAAACAUCAAAGACGUCGCGAACCGGUCAAUUCUCAAUAUCGCAACAGAGCUGUCACGUCUAAGUGCCCUUGGAAAGGAGGGUAAGCUCACACCAGCGGAUCUUAGCGGGGGAACCAUUACCGUUUCCAACAUUGGCAACAUCGGGGGUACCUAUGUGAUGCCCGUGAUUGUUCCUAACGAAGUUGCAAUUCUGGGAGUUGGCAAAUCCAGAACGACGCCCAUCUUUGAUGAUGCGGGUCAAGUCACUAAGGGCGAGCUGGUGAAUUUCAGCUGGAGUGCUGACCACCGAGUUGUUGAUGGAGCCACCAUGGCUAGAAUGGCAACCAAGGUCCGACAGUUCAUCGAGUCUCCAGAGUUAAUGCUUUUAAACCUAAGAUAGUGCUAGCUGUACUAUAUAAACUCGAUUCGUGCAGAGAUUCUUGGCAUUAUCCACGCAUACACAAGACAUUACAAGCAUUGUAUGGGCUAAAUUCGAAAAAAGAUAUGGUCAUUUUUGCCGCAGCUCCAUUCUACCAAUUAUUACAACAUAAUUAUUACUUAUUAUGGUAGAACGAUGACCAGGCAGAUGUUACUAUGGCAGCAUUCAACCACCAUUCAUUAUUCUAGGGUUUCUUGGAAACACGAGAGCUGGGCAACUCCUUCACUGUCCUCUCUGCCAAUUCAUCUUUUUUUGUCAAUUAUGCUCUAAUUCACUAAUGUGGCCCAUCCAUUAGGCACACUUGUCGACCCCGCCCUGGACCUCGCUCUGCAACGGAGUUGAGUAUUCACGAUUGUCUUUUUUUUUUUUUUUU